GAUUAUUCUACGACGCACAGUGUGAACGCGAGUUCAUGCAGUUUAUGUCAUCUUCAUGAGACGCAUUUUGACUUCAUCGCAGUCAAGUAGCUAGCUGGCUAACAAGCUGCGUUGUUUACAAUAAUGGCAUCCUUAAAGAAGGGGAAGAAAGUUGUAAAUCAGGAGGAACUACGACGCUUAAUGAGGGAAAAACAAAGGCAAACCACAGACAAGAAGCGCGUCGAGUCUCCUUUUGCUAAAUACAACAGUCUCGGGCACCUCAGUUGUGUCCUGUGCAAUGUGCAAGUGAAGUCUGAACUACUGUGGCCGGCGCAUGUUCUUGGAAAACAGCACAAAGAAAAAGUUGCUGAGCUGAAGGGAGGAAAGAGUCAACCAGUGACACCACAGUUUCAACCAGUAAAGAGGAAAGCACCGGACAACGAGGACGUUAACGGGAAAAAGGUGAAACCCUCGUCGGAUGCAGGCCAGUCUGCGUCGUCAGGGCUGCCAGGAGAUUUCUUUGAGAAACCCAGCGAAAAGGGAGCCUCCUCUACUCAAAAAUCUGCAGGUCUGAGUCUGUUGGCUGAAGGUUAUGACGAGGACGAUGAUGAAGAAGAUGCUAAAGAGGCAGGAACCACAAAUCCCCCUCCGCAAGAGGCUGAAGCUGCAGGACUACCCGCUGAUUUCUUUGACAGCUCCAUCCCAUCAACUCCUGCCAUCUCCCAUUCAGGAUCCAUCCUCAAAGCAGACGUGCAAGAGAAAAGCACAGAAACGAAAGAAAACACAGCCGAGGCACUCCCAGAGGGCUUCUUCGACGAUCCUGUGAGAGAUGCUAAAGUGCGCAACGUCGACGCACCCAAAGAUCACAUGGACAAGGAGUGGGACGAGUUUCAAAAGGAGAUACGACAGGUAAACACCAAAUCAGAGGCCAUCGUGGCGGAGGACGACGAGGAGGGCCGCUUUGAACGACAGAUUGAGGAAAUCGAUGAACAAAUUGAGUGUUACAAGAGGGUUGAAGUACUGAGAGACAAACGGGAUGUGGCAAAGAGCAAGCCUCUGCCCAUUAUGGAGGAACGUAUGGAGGUAGACGCCAGCGAUGAGGAAGAAGAAAAUGAAGAGGAGCUGCUGGGGCUUUUGUCCCGGGACUGGAGGGCUAAAGGGGCACUGGCCUAAGUCUCUCCAGAUCUCAUACAACUGGGAGAAAAAAAAGCCAUGUGUGUUUCUUUUUGUACAAGUCUGUCAGCAAUCCAACACUUGUAAAUAUGUUUGUUAAAAGCUCUCCACCACCUUUUUUGGUAUAUUUCAGACUGGAUUAAAUGUGACGCAGUGAUGCGCAGCGUUCUUGUAAAACAUUGUUUAGACAGUGUUUCUCAGUUCAUGACUUAAAGCAACCAGAUGGACAACAAAUCAAACCUUUAACUUUGUUUAUUCAUUGGUGCUCACACAAAAACAUUCAUAAAAUCUCUCCAUGUACAGCAGCAGCAUGGACCCAAAAUCUGUCAUGAUGGCCAAAGCGGUUACAUUGUCCUCCAAAAACAACCAGUCGACUAUGUUAAGUUCAUAAAUAAUUUGUUCAUGUUACAUUAUAAGCAACAUGCAAAGCACAACAGAAUUAUUUAAGAAAUGUUCCAUGUUGAGAUUAAGACCAUAAAAGCAAAUUUAACCAAACCCGACCCGCUUCACAAGAUAAUUUGUGAGAAUACAUUUAAACCAUUUUUACAGAGUACAACAAUGUUUGAGUAUGACAAAUUUGCUAUGUAAAUACACCAUUAUUAGUCCCAUUAAAAAUGGAAUAAAAUGAAUCAAGUAAAGAGUGAUCGUCAGUGCUUCUUAUACUACCUGUUACACAUUGUGAGCUAGGUGUGCCUUCUGUCUACUGCAAUUUUAAACAAGCAAUAUCUGUCAUUUUGUUAUUGCUACAUAUGCCUCAUGAGUUACCACUUCAAAACUAUUUCUAAAUGAUUCAAAGUGUUCAUAGCCCUUCAAAACUUGUAGAACUGAAAGCUGCAAAAAUGUAAAGAUGGACUAAACACAUCAAUCAAAAUGUAGCAACUAAGUGAAAAUAAAAGAGAAAAAAAAACAGCAGAAAGGAAUCUGAAACCUUGUUGAGCUUAGAGAUCAUUUCUCACUCGUAUGCUCAAUUGUGUGUUUCAGUUAAAGUUAGGAAUCUGUCUCAAAACAAAACAGAAGACUCACAAAAACAGUUUCUAGUAGUAAUUUGUAAACAUUCCUAAAAUUCUAUCUCAGGUUCUAUAAAUAUGUUCAGGGGAGUUUCAUCAGGUGUUUUUGUUGAUGGGUGAGGAAGUACACUGACAAAUACAGUUACAGAGAAGCUAAAUAGACAGACUAAC